GCGGUGUGUACAGCAGCUGUGAGUCGGGCGUGAGGGAGAGUGAAGCCCUCCGCAGCUGCUCGGAGGCGCAGGACGACCAUGGACGAAAGACCCGAACCCUCCUCUGUGGUGUAGGACCGGAGCCGCGGGACGGGCGGGUGAGGAGGGGGAACUUCACACACACACACACACACACACACACACACACCGCAGAGACCGAGACCCCAGCUCCAGCUCCCUCCUGUGGUCCCUCCGGCUCCUCCGGUUCCUCCCUGCUGGGAAGUAAAAUGUGGCUGAACCCGGAGGAAGUUCUGCUGAAAAACGCCCUGAAGCUCUGGGUGACGGAGAGGAGCAACGACUUCUUCCUCCUGCAGAGGAGGCGAGGCCGCGGGGAGUCGACGGGCCGCAUCACAGGUCUCCUGGUGGGAGCGCUGGACACGGUGCUGGACUCCAACGCCAGGGUCUCGCCCUUCCGCGUCCUCCUCCAGGUCCCCGGCUCCCAGAUCAGCUGGGUGAUCGCCAGCGGAGCCGCCAUAGAGGAGGUGAACAGGCACUGGGACUGGCUGGUCCACAACCUGCUCCACUCGCUGUCCGUGUUCGAGAACAAGGAGGAUGUCGCCAGCUUCGUCAAAGGCAAAGUCAAGGGCCUCAUCGCGGAGGAGGUCCGGGGCCGCCAGGCCGCCCAGGAGGAGGACCCGGAGAAGUUCCGGGAGGCGCUGCUGAAGUUCGAGCUGCGCUUCGGCCUGCCGUCGUCGGAGAAGCUGGUGACCUACUACUCGUGCUGCUGCUGGAAGGGCCGCGUGCCUCGGCAGGGCCUCCUCUACCUCAGCAUCAACCACAUGGCCUUCUACUCCUUCCUGCUGGGGAAGGAAGUGCGAUUCGUCAUUCCCUGGGCGGAGGUGACGCGGCUGGAGCGGGUCUCCGCCGGCCUGAUGACGGAGGCGAUCCGGGUGAAUACACGGCGGCGGCAGCGGGACUUCUCCAUGUUCCUGAACCUGGACGAGGCCUUCGGGGUCGUGGGUCAGCUGGCUGACAUCGCCCUCAGGCGGCUGCUGGACAGCGAGGGCCUGGAGCUGGACCGCGUCCUGCAGCAGCCGGCGCGCAUCACCAAGAGGAUCCUGGAGGAGCAGGCGUUGAGGGAGUACGUCCUGGCUCUGUUCCGGCUGCCGCGCGGCGAGAGACUCCACGAGGUGGCGUCCUGUUCGGUGUGGACGCCGCACGCCCGCUGCCACACCAGCGGGACGCUGUACACCGCCGACAACUACCUGUGCUUCUCCAGCCGAGAGGAGGGCAGCUGCGUCCUGCUCGUGCCCCUCACUGAGGUGUUGUCCAUAGAAAAAGCGGAGAGCACCAGUUCGCUCCCCAACCCCGUGAUCGUGAGCGUCCGGACCAAGAAGGCCUUCCAGCUGAUCGAGCUGCAGGACAGAGACGAGCUGGUGGAGCGGCUGAACGCCAGACUGCGAGCGGUGCACUGGAAACAGUCGGUGUUCCGCGGCAAGACGCACGGCAAGAGGAGCGUGAGCUCCCCGACCCCCUACUACACCUUCUACUACGACACCGGCUGUUCUGACGAGGAGGAGAUCGAGGAGCAGGUCCUGCGGAACACCGUCAACAGCGAGGCUCUGAUGACGGCGUUCCACCAGAACCAGCCGGCCGCGAACGGCAACAAGAGCGAGGAGCAGGUGAAGGAGCGGCUGUGGGACGACCACUUCACGGAGUUCGGCCGCGGCGUCCACAUGUUCCGCACGGAGAAGAUCCAAAGGCUGGUCGCCACGGGGAUACCGGAGUCGCUGCGCGGCGAGCUGUGGAUGACGCUGUCGGAUGCGUCCUCGGAGCUCGAGGCCCAUCAGGGCUACUACACGGGCCUGGUGCAGAAGUCGAUGGGGCACAGCAGCCUCGCCACCGAGGAGAUCGAGCGGGACCUCCACCGCUCGCUGCCGGACCACCCCGCCUUCCAGAACCCCACCGGCAUCGCCGCCCUCAGACGCGUCCUCACCGCCUACGCCCACCGCAACCCAAAGAUCGGCUACUGCCAGUCUAUGAACAUCCUGGCCUCGGUGCUGCUGCUUUAUGCCAAAGAAGAAGAGGCGUUCUGGCUGCUGGUGGCCGUUUGUGAGCGGAUGCUGCCCGACUACUUCAACCGCAGGGUCAUAGGAGCUCAGGUGGACCAGUCGGUGUUCGAGGAGCUGAUCCGGGAGCGUCUGCCCGAGCUGGCGGAGCACGUCCCCGACCUCUCCUCGCUCUCGUCCGUCUCGCUCUCCUGGUUCCUCACGCUCUUCCUCAGCGUGCUGCCCUUCCACAGCGCCGUCCGCGUGGUCGACUGCUUCUUCUUCCACGGCAUCAAGGCCGUGCUGCAGCUGGGCCUGGCCGUGCUCGACGCCAACGCCGCGCAGCUCUGCGCCAGCACGGACGACGGGCAGGCGCUCAUGAUUCUCACCAGUUUUCUGGAGCAGGUCGAAAGCGAAGUGGUAUUGUCUUGUCCUCCGUCCUCCCCGCCCGCUGCUGUGGAGAGCGGCGGCCACGGCGGCGACACCGAUGUUCCCGCCGUGAGACACGCGAACAUCACCGACCUCAUCAAUGAGUCGUACGAGAAAUUCGGCGACCUGACGGUGCGGCAGAUCGAGCGGCUCCGCUGCCGACACAGGAUCCGAGUGCUGCAGGCUCACGAAGACACCACCAAAGAGAACGCCUUGAGACUGGUGACUCCCGACGUCUCCAUCCCUCCGGAGAACUUGGCCGAUGUCUACGAUCUCUUCAAGACGGAGCACUUCAUCAGUCUGUACUGGGGCGACAGCAGCUCGGCGGCGGCGGCCGAGGCGGCGGCGUGGAGCUACGGGGACUCGGGCCGCUCCUACCUGGAGCGGCAGUACCGGCUGGACCGGCCGCAGUUCAAGAGCCUGUACGGGCUGCUGGUGCCGUGGCCCGGCGACUUGAGCCAGCACACGGACACGGUGGCCAACCGCGCCUUCACCCUGCUGGACCAGGACCGCGACAGCCUGGUGACCUUCAGGGAGUUCGCCGGCUGGCUGGACACGCUGUAUUGUGAAGAUCUGAACGAGAAGAUCCGGCUGCUGUAUCGACUCCACAUCCCUCCAGCUCUGACGGAGAGUGAGGACGACCCAGCUCUGCUGAAGAGCCCCCUGCUGUCCACCAACAGACCCCUCUAUGUCGACAAGCCCGCUGUUGCUCCCGGUGUGGAGGGCGACGUGAAGGAAGAUUACCAGGAGCAGUUGAAGCAGAUGCUGAAGGAUCUGGCGAAAGAGAAGGAGAAGGACGUGGAGAAGCCGCUGCCGCUCAUGAACCAGUGGGAGUUCAUCCAGUUCUGUAAAACACUCUACAGCAUGUUCCACGGCGAGCCGGAGGAGAACGACCUCUUCCAGGCCAUCGCCACGGUGACCAGCCUCGUGCUACAGAUCGGCGAGGCCAGUCACCGCGGACACGACUCCGCAGGGUCAGAGGUCACUGAAGACGGCGGCAGAGGCGACGGGAGCUCGACCCCGGAGUGGACGGUCAGUUACGCUCAGAUCGUGGCGUCGCUGCUGACCGAGCAGGCGCUGGUGAACUUCUUCGAGAAGCCGGUGAGCCUCUCGGAGAAGAUCGCCGAGGCCAAGGAGAAGCAGUAUCACCAGCGGGCGGGUCUGCUCACGCUGCAGCAGGCGGCCAGAUGACUCGCGGUUAGACGAAUGGGAGGUUGAGUGAGCCACGAGAGAGACGCCGCGUUUCUUCGUGAAGGAAAACCAGAAUAUCAGUAUCGUUCGUUUCACAUUCAGACACUGAAGAGCCUUAAAGUGACAUUCAUCAUAUGUCACUCGUGUGAUUGUCUGGAAACACAGGAGCCUGUGAAUAACACUGAUCCAAUAUUCUACUGCACCUGACAACGAAAAGAACUUUAACCUAAAUAUUUUGAGCCACAAAGACACGUCGGGUCAUGUAAUGACCACGGUCAUGAGGAAAAUAACCUGCCCCCACUUUCCCUUAAAAGGCACGCCUUAUAAAGUGUUUAUAUCUUCAGACUAAUAGAUAAGUAACUAAUGCUUUAUUGGUAACUUUAUUAGCCAAUCGUUUUUUUUUCAAGUUUUAUUUGAUUAACUUCUCCGGUUGCCAGGUUGUGAAACAUCUCUGGUGACUGGUAAACUCAUCAGAUCAUCACUAGAGAAAUGAAGUCUGUCAUUAUAAAAGUGUUUUCUCAUUUUAUAUUAAGGCAACAACCAAAGUUAGAGAGGAAUCUUCUAUUAAAGAUGUAAAUAAUCAUCAGAAUAAUGACUCAUAAACCCUUUAAUAAUCAUGACAAGCGACAAAUCUAUCAUGUAUUCAGUGUUCUUCUGUUGUUUCUUAAUUUUUUUUAAAUUUUUACUACUGAUUUUAUAACUUCUGUUUCUCUUUUUAAAACUGUUUCCAGAAACACUGCAGAAUAAACUACACUGAUCUAAAACAGUUACAGGAGAAAAGACAACACUGGAGAAAUUGUCUUUUAAAAUAAAAACACAUUGCAUAAAGA